GCCGGAAGCCGGAAGGGGGCUGUGAAGACGUGUUCUGGGGAAUCCUGAGCUGGAGCCGGCGCGGCUGGCGCCAUGGAGCCGCUGUACCAACAAACGCACAAGCAGGUCCACGAGAUCCAGUCUCACAUGGGACGCCUGGAGACGGCAGACAAGCAGUCUCUGCACUUAGUAGAAAACGAAAUCCAAGCAAGAAUAGACCAGAUAUUCAGCCAUCUAGAACGUCUGGAGAUUUUGUCCAGCAAGGAACCCCCUAACAAAAGGCAGAAUGCCAAACUUCGAGUUGACCAGUUGAAGUAUGAUGUACAGCACCUGCAGACUGCUCUCAGAAACUUCCAGCACCAGCGCUAUGCAAGGGAGGAGCAGGAGAGGCAGCGAGAGGAGCUUCUGUCUCGAACCUUCACCACUAAUGACUCUGACACCACCAUACCAAUGGAUGAAUCUCUGCAGUUUAACUCCUCCCUCCACAAAGCCCACCACGGCAUGGAUGACCUCAUUGGAGGCGGCCACAGUAUUCUGGAGGGACUGAGGGCCCAGAGGCUGACCUUGAAGGGGACUCAGAAGAAGAUCCUAGACAUUGCCAACAUGCUGGGCUUGUCCAACACGGUGAUGAGGCUCAUCGAGAAGCGGGCUUUCCAGGACAAGUACUUCAUGAUCGGCGGCAUGCUGCUCACCUGUGUGGUCAUGUUCCUUGUGGUGCACUACCUGACGUGAGCCAGCCCAGCUCAGCGGCUGAUCACCGUUCCCACUGCGUGAGAGAGUGCAUGAGUGUGUGAAUGCGUGCAUGCAAGAAAGAGAGAGGGUCCAAGAGGUUGCCUUCUGAAAAGUAUGCCCAUCGUAACUGUGAAGACCAUUUGGGAGGAACUGUGACCUGUAACCUAGUGGAAGUUUAAACAUGCUCUGUGUUCUGUGACAUCGCAGAGAGGGAGCACAGUGCUUAGGAAUACCUGUUCCUCUCUCUCUCAUGCUCUCUCUCACUGGGGGAGGAAGUAAUGUAAGGGGAAGGGAUGAAGAAGGAAAGGAGAGGAUAAGAAUGACUUCAGUGGUUUUGUCCACAUAGCAGGUGCACACUGUCCACAUUCUCCCAUUAUCUGACCUUUUCUGGGACCCAGUGGAUAGCCUGGAGUGGAAGUGAAGUAGAGGAAAGAGGCCUUGUUUUCCUGCACCCAUUACAGUAGAUCAAUUGACAUGCUCUUACUCCUGGCCAUUUCCCUUCUUUCCUUCCCAUUGCCCCCGAAAAAAAUGACAUGCAAACAA